AUGCUCUUCCGAGGUCGAUUUCUGUCUGUUAAAGUGUUUUUUGAUACGUGUGAUAACCUACUGUCCGUUCAAGAGUUUUUUGAUACGUGUGAUAACCUACUGUCUGUAAAAGAGUUUUUUGAUACGUGUGAUAACCUACUGUCUGUUAAAGUGUUUUUUGAUACGUGUGAUAACCUACUGUCCGUUAAAGAGUAUUUUGAUACGUGUGAUAACCUACUGUCUGUAAAAGAGUUUUUUGAUACGUGUGAUAACCUACUGUCUGUUAAAGAGUUUUUUGAUACGUGUGAUAACCUACUGUCCGUUAAAGAGUUUUUUGAUACGUGUGAUAACCUACUGUCUGUUAAAAAGUUUUUUGAUACGUGUGAUAACCUACUGUCCGUUAAAGAGUUUUUUGAUACGUGUGAUAACCUACUGGUAUUUGUGUUUAUAUUUCAGUCUGUUAAAGUGUUUUUUGAUACGGUGAUAACCUACUGUCCGUUGAAAGAGUUUUUUGAUACGUGUGAUAACCUACUGUCCGUUAAAGAGUUUUUUGAUACGUGUGAUAACCUACUGUCUGUUAAAGAGUUUUUUGAUACGUGUGAUAACCUACUGUUAUGUGUUGAUAUACCCACUAAAGCCAAUGUAAAACAGCUAUAUUUAAUUCUAUCUAAUGCUGUAUACUGUCGAAAUCAACUGACUCAUUGUGAAAAUGUUCUCUGUACUGAUGACGCUGGUAAGAAAGUUUUUGUGGGAUUAUUAAAACAACUAUCAGAUCUAGUAGAAACCAUCAGUAAACAAAUUUUAGAUGUUCAUAAUCAACUACUAGCUACCACAGUUUUACAUGACGCUGACAGCCAUCAUUGGACUGAUAAUAAGGAAUUUUAUGAGGAUGAAAGAUGUUCAUAUACUAUACAGAUGUGGAACUAUCAUAUACGUGGAUUAAAAUAUGAUUUGUGGUCUAUCUGUCCUCCUAAACUGGCUCAGAAUAUAUUCGGCUCUAUUCUACAGGAGUCACUUCAGAUGUUGACUCUCCGAUAUGUUCGAGUCAAACCUAGUUAUAGAAGAGUCAAACAAUUCAGAUAUGAUUUAACAGCAGUGUUGUUGUGUACAUCUGAGUUUUUAUUCCAAGUUUGUAAAUCCAUGUCUCAGUAUCUAGACCCUGGCCAUUGUGAUAUCCCUCAUUAUAAUAUACAUAACCUGUGUUCUACUUUACUGGCUUGUAUCGCUGUUAUUACUUCACCUAUUGAUCAAGUCUAUAGAAUAUUUAAAAGAGGGUACGGUAAAAGACGAGAUAGCCAGCCUGAUACUCUGCCAGGAUCUCUGUCUUAUAGUGGUUCCAAUACACUAUGGUUACACUGGAUUCAACCAUCACUCUACUUACCUUCUCAAAAACACUAUGACGACAUGCAGACUACGAACGCUGUUUAUUUACAAACUAAAUUAUUAUUAAAUCAACCAUUGUGGGAGCCCAGUACACUGCUACAAGCAUUGAUAAUGAAAGACUACACACUACCAAUCAUGUUGUUAACAAGAGUUGCUUCCCUUGAGACUGAAACAAUGACCAAUGAUAAGAAAGAGAAGUCAGACAGUCGUGAAAUAUUUACCGCUGUCAUAACAGUUUUAUCCCAGUGUACACAUUUUACUGACGGUGUGGCAAAAGUUCUCAUGCCAGUCAUAGAUAGAUGUGAAGAUUGGGAUGUAUUAAACGCCAAGAAACUUUCAACACUUGAAUGUGAGCCUCCAAUCUGGAUGUCUGCCUUGUUUGAUCUCCUGUCUCCCUACAUUGAUAGUGUUUUAGAGCCAUUAAUAAUCUACAUUCUGAAUCUACCAUCACUAGUAACAGGCAAGGGCUGUUUAAUACCAGAAAUACAGGAACUACCCUGUGGCUGUCCUCCUAAUAAAUUUGAUAAUGAUUCAACUUCUGCUAAAAAAGGAGAGAGGUAUAUAAUAGAUUCAGCGUUAAAGAUCGUAGUAACAGAACUGAGCGAGAAGAUCCACGUUUUAAACACGUCUGUUAGUGUGACGUUUAAUAUUCUACAGGAGGCUUGUCACCAUAACAAUCUUAAAACACCUCACAACUGUGCUGGUAUCAUCAUAAUAGGACGAUGUAUUCGAGAGAAACUUCUCAGUGCCAAGUAUAUAGAAACAAUGGUUGGCCAGGAGGUGCCAGAAGAGACCCACAAAUUACUUACAGUGUUGGCAGAUUGUAUUUAUAGUAUACUAAUCUUUGGUAGAGCCAAGUCAUCAAUUAGUACACCUAAAAUGGCAUCACAGUUUGUUAAAGCUAAUAAGGAAUGGUUAACUGGUAAAAUACAGCUGAUAGCAGUUCAUUUGUCUAACGAAUUAUUUACUGUACCAGAUACUGAUAUACUAGAGGGAGCCACCAGUCAGUUUGCUGACCAUAUUUUUACCACUGCUGCAGCCGCCAUACUUAAUGAUAUUGAUGGUUACCACCAUCUAGAGAUAAUCCACAACCUGAUAAAAAGGAACUGGACCUGGAUAGAAGAACAGUUAGAUAUCAAACUAUCAAUGAAAGACAAGCCAGCGGCUAAAACUAUCAAAUUUGAUUUAGAUUUGACCCCAAUCAAAGAGAAAAAGUUUGUUCCCCAGACUGAGUUCAGUCAGAUUGGAGAUACAGAUUUUCAACAGGAAUUUAUAAUGAACUUUAAUUUGAACUGGACUGCGAUGUUACAGAGUGAUCUGGGUCUCAGUGAACAUGGUUUCUCUUCCUUACUCUAUAACAGACAUGAGAUGCAAGAUGGAGCCUAUCUAGAGGAGGCUGAAAAACGACCUGUUGAAAUUCUACGAUCAUUGUUUGAAAGAGAUUCAUCAGAGAUGAGUUAAAAGACACAAGAUAGAUGUCCCACCAUAAUUGUCUUUUGAUUUUUCCGAAAAUUCUCAUCCCUUAUCCACCUCUUGUACCCCUCUUCCUUCCUUCCAUUCCCUAGGUAUAAUAUGAUCCUAUAGAUAAGGCAUAUAGACAUUCAACAGAUACUGUAUAAUUGUGAGUAUACUGCGCAUAGCGUUUAAUACGCAACUUUCAUAUUGUUGAGCAAAGUCUGACAAAAUCUUUUAUCCACUGUUUCACGGUCAACUCUAAUUUAAGAAAAUACCUUAUACAAUCAAAUUAUUACUCAACUCUCCAUUUUGAAAACAUUUUUAUAAAAAAAA